CUAAAACAUAAUACAGUGCAAACAAACCAAACCAAACCACCCACAGAUAACAGUACAUACAAGCAAGCGUCGUCAGGCAGGCCGGGUCAAUAUCAAUAGGGCAGGUAGGUACAGGGGGAGCAAGCGGAGAUUGGUCAGGGUCACAAGCCAGGGAUCAGAACAGGUAGCAAGCAGCGUGGUACAGAGGGUCAGACAGAGGGAUGGUCAGGAGCGAGCCGGGAUCAGAGCAGGAGAAGUCAGCAGCGGUUCAGAAACAGGAGAGGGUCAGCAAAGGAACAGAAACAGGAUGCAGGACAGAUACAGGGCCCAGGACAAACACACACCAAGGCAGAGUCUGUGGGUCUGGCCAU